AUGACCUGGGAGAAGCUGCUGCUUGCUGCACGUGCCAUUGCGGCUAUCGAUAAUCCGGCAGAUGUGUGUGUUGUUUCGGCACGCCCGUACGCACAGCGUGCUCUGCUCAAAUUCGCUGCUCACACUGGCGCCACGCCAAUCUUCGGGCGAUUCACACCGGGUUGCCUGACAAAUCAGAUCCAAAAGCAGUUCAAGGAACCACGUCUGUUGAUCGUUUCUGAUCCACGCGUUGAUCAUCAAGCAGUUACGGAAGCGUCCUAUGUUGGUGUGCCAGUUAUCAGCUUCUGCAACACGGAUUCGCCACUGAAAUUCGUUGACAUCGCUAUACCAUGCAACAACAAGGGUGCGCAGGCAAUAGGCCUGAUGUGGUGGUUGCUUGCACGCGAGGUUCUGCUGAUUAAGGGCAAAAUGACGCGACAGACCGGCUUUGUGCUCGACGACAAGGAAAUAAUGCCCGAUCUGUAUUUCUACCGUGACCCAGAAGAGCAGGAGAAGGAGGAAUUGGCUGAGCCUCGUGAAGUGAAAGAGCCAUGGCCUGGAGUUGCGGUGCCGGAAGUCCCGAGAGUUGAAGAGGUUGUAAGAUCCGUUGGAAUGGUAUAA